AUGCUCCGCUUUUUUGCCUUAUUCGUGAUCUAUUUGGGCUGUCUGGACAAAGUGCUCGUAUGUCAGGCUCACUCCGAUCCCCCCACGGAGCCGAGUGGAGCGAGUUGCGGCUGUGAGAGUUUGAAGAGAGUGGGGCACAGCAUAGCAUCUGAAGAGCCAAGUAUCAAAUAUUCCAGAAGCAGCAAUGAAAUGCAGUCUGAUGCACAAGAAGACCAGAAAAUACUAAGUCAGAUGGUGUUGAUUUCUGGCGGAGAAUUUCUAAUGGGAACAGACAACCCGGGUAUCCCUGCAGAUGGCGAGGGUCCUCAGAGACCUGUCCAUGUGGACGCCUUUUACAUGGACAUUCAGGAAGUCACUAACCGACAGUUCCAGAGCUUUGUAAAUGCCACAGGCUAUGUGACAGAGGCAGAGACAUUUGGGGACUCGUUUGUUUUCGAAGGAAUUCUUAGUAAGACAGUCCAAAGCCAAAUCACACAAGCGGUGGCUGCUGCCCCCUGGUGGCUUCCUGUCAAAGAGGCAAACUGGAGGCAACCUGAGGGUCCAGGCUCCAAUAUCGAAGAUAGGCUGGAUCAUCCUGUUCUUCAUGUAUCCUGGGCAGAUGCCGUUUCCUACUGCACAUGGGCCAACAAGAGGCUUCCAACAGAGGCAGAGUGGGAGUACGCCUGCAGAGGCAAUUUAAAAGACAGACUUUACCCUUGGGGAAACCUCCUGAACCCAAAAGGGCAGCACUAUGCUAACCUCUGGCAGGGGGAGUUCCCUCACCACAAUUCUGCAGAAGAUGGAUAUGUCAAAACCUCACCGGUGAUGUCUUUUCCUCCCAACGGUUUUGGUCUUUAUGACAUGGUGGGCAAUGCGUGGGAAUGGACCUCAGAUUGGUGGACUGUGCAUCACUCUGCCAAACAGCAACAUAAUCCAACAGGUCCUCCAUCAGGCACUGACAAAGUGAAAAAGGGAGGGUCAUAUAUGUGUCACAAGUCAUACUGUUACCGGUACCGCUGUGCAGCACGAAGCCAGAACACUCCUGACAGCUCUGCCUCAAAUCUUGGUUUUCGUUGCGUCUCUCAGGGGUCACGUUGA